UGUCAAAUUCGGACGUACAUGUCCCACAGUUGCAAAUUGCACUUAAGUACAGCAGCCUAUAUAAAAAAGCGCGAUGUCCUCCGCUGGAGUUCCUAAAUGGGAAUAUCGCGUCCGCUUCCUCCUGUGUUUUCUCGGGUUGGCUCUGUCGGUUUACGCGCUGCACGUCGAGCUUUCCCGGGAGAACGAUCCCGAAUAUCGCGCGAUGUGCGACCUGGGCCGUUCCGUGAGCUGCUCUAAAGUCUUCACGUCCAGAUGGGGACGCGGAUUUGGACUCGUCCAGAUCUUUACUUCCAAAGACAGCGUGUUAAACCAGCCGAACAGUGUAUUAGGAAUCGUUUUCUAUGCAUUGCAACUGGGUUUAGGUCAGCUGGCGUCCAGCAGGGCGGCGCUCUUCCUCGUCGGGUCCUCCUGGGUGUCCGUGGCUGGAUCCGUGUAUCUGGCUAUCAUCCUGGCGUUCGUCCUGGGCGAUUUCUGCGUGGUCUGCGUCUCCACCUACAUCGUAAACUUUGCACUUCUCUACACAAACCUGAAGAGAAGGACGGGACUGGAGGGACGCCUGAAAAGAGCGAAGAGGCAGUGAAAGACACCUGGGGUUAUGCUUAUCGCUGCGAAUCAGAUUCAUUAUUUAUGAUGUAUUUCAGAAUGAUCAGAAAACACGUGCUUCGUGCUUGUUACAUGUACAGUGCGACUUAAAUUGAUCGAUUAAUGCUCAAUGUGUUGAAUAAAGUCAGAUUUUCU